CUGAUUGACACUCAUAGACUGCGCGGGUGCUGCGAUUUAAUAAUAAAUGCCUGCUGGGAGUAGCCAGCCUAUUGCCAUUAAAGGCAGCAUGCCCAGCAAGGCUACGCGCGAAUCAAGGGAUGCGGUGCCAGCGGGCAGCCUUGAGGAGGCGCUUGUAAAUUUGAAGUUGAGUACAAAGGAUCCAGAGCAGACUCGGAGGUUAGACCACGCGCUUCAUGUACUAAGCGAUGUCGUCAGCGGGCCCAACAUCUGCUGCGAGGACCACGAGGCGCUCUGGUGGGAGAUAUUUGCCGAGGUAUUUGUCACCGAGGUUGCGGCACAGACACACGCAGCGGGCGGCCGGGAGCCUUCGUCCUCCUGCAAACGGCAGAUCCUGGCUGACAUCCUGGUCUGGGCGGAGGUGACGCAGGACCAUUACGACAGCGGGACGCAACGGUUCGUGACGGAGCCGCACGAGGCGGACGAAUCCUUUCAACGCAUAGGACGGACUUUCCGAGCACUAAAGGCCAGGCGGGGGUUGGGCAAGUCGCGCGCAUCGUCAUCAGACUUGUCCGGGGACGGGGACGGCAUCAACGCGGGCGCGCUGUGCGUGUCGCGACUGUCUUCCGGGGCGGAUGUAGAUGAUACCACCCGGUCCGACUCGAGCUCGGAUUUGCGCUGAUGUGGGUCAGAGCUGUUACGAACACGCCAUGGGAAGCCACGGGAAGAUCUCGGCAAGCCAUG